CAAUUAGUCCUUUCACGUUAAGGAUGAAGCAGAAGUAAGGUAUCAUUCUAUAUAAUGGCCUGGUUACUGUGAGUCAGGUUGUAUUUUAAUGUUUCUUCCUGCACCGGAGAUUUUCAUACUCUCGGACUGCAGUGACGCUCUCUCUGGUGAAUUUUUCCCCUCACGGUGAUAGGCCAUCCGGGGUAAAAUACAUAGCUGCCCCGAGCGUCGACGGCUGCCUGGAUAUAAAUACGAGCGUGUUUGCUCCUAGUGUCUACUUCCUUGCUCACCAAUAUCAAUUAAUAUUUUUGCAUCUUUCUUGCUUUUGCUAAUUGUUAAUAAUGUCUUUCAUCCCGCUCGCCGCCUCUAUCGAUAUCGGUACCACCUCCACCAGAGCCAUUCUCUUUGCUAGAGAUGGUUCUGAGAUUGCUAAGCACCAGAUCGAGUACACCACCUCUGCCUCUGUCGAGAAGGCCGCUAGCUCCACUCAAAAGGAGUCCUCUCCAACUCCGGUCUUUUCCGCUGAGGGUGUGGCUAUCACCGCUGCCGACAACUUGGUCUUCGAAGACUCCAAGAAGCCAUCCUUGUUGUUCCCUAACCCAGGUUGGGUCGAGUGUGUGCCAUCCUCCAUCUUGGCCGACGCCACACAGUGUCUUGGUGUCUGUAUGGGCUCUUUGGAAGCGCUCAACAAGGACGCUGCCAAGCCAUACAAGGUCACCGCCAUUGGUAUCACCAACAUGAGAGAAACCACCGUCGUCUGGUCCAAGAAGACCGGUAAGGCGUACCACAACGGUAUCGUCUGGAACGAUACCAGAACCUCUGCCAUCGUGCAAAAGAAGAUUGCCGAGACCCCUAAGGAUGUCCAGGAAAAGCUCAGAAGAAUCUCCGGUGUGCCAAUCUCUACCUACUUUUCUGCCUCCAAGUUGAGAUGGUUUAUCGACAACUGCGACAACGUCAAGGCUGCCUAUGAUAGAGCUGACGGUGACUUGUGCUUCGGUACCAUUGACACCUGGUUGAUCUUCCAGUUGACUAAGGAGCGCAGCCACGUCUCCGACGUCACCAACGCAUCUAGAACCAUGUUCAUGAACUUGGACACUUUCAACUAUGACAAAGAGUUGCUUGACUUGUGGGAUAUUAACCCAAAGAAUAUUGUCUUGCCAAAGAUCGUCUCGUCCUCUGAGUACUACGGUGCUUUCAAGACCCCAAACUUGGCUGCCAUUGGCCACCACUCCGACUUGCCAAAGGCCUCCUCCACCUGGUUGGAUGCUCUUACUGACAUUCCAAUCUGUGGUUGUUUGGGUGACCAGUCUGCCUCUCUUGUCGGUCAAUUGACUUUGAAGGCGGGUGCCGCCAAAUGUACCUACGGUACCGGUGCCUUUUUGUUGUACAACACCGGCCCAAGAAAGUUGAUCUCUGAGCAUGGUCCUGUUACCACUCUUGGUUUCUGGUUCCCUGAAUUGGAAAGUAAGGAAGACUCCCAGCCCCACUAUGCUUUGGAAGGGUCCAUCGCCGUUGCUGGCUCUGUUGUCCAGUGGUUGAGAGACAAUUUGAAGAUGAUCGAAAAGGCCCAGGACGUCGGUCCAUUGGCCUCCCAGGUCGACAACACGGGUGGUGCGGUUUUCGUGCCAGCCUUCUCCGGUUUGUUCGCCCCAUACUGGGACUCUGAAGCCAGAGGUACCAUUUUGGGUCUUACCCAGUACACCAAUGCUUGCCACAUUGCCAGGGCUGCCUUGGAGGGUGUCUGUUACCAGACUCGUGCUAUUUUGAAGGCCAUGGGUAACGAUGCCGGUGCCAAUGGUGACUUCAUGGAAGACCUCCAGUCUACCGUGUCUCCAUUGUCUGUCUUGGCCGUUGACGGUGGUAUGUCCAAGUCUGACGAAGUGAUGCAGAUUCAGGCUGAUAUCUUGGGCCCAUGUGUGACUGUCAAGAGAUCUCCAAACGCUGAGUGCACCGCUUUGGGUGCCGCUAUCGCUGCUGGUUUGUACAAGCACACUGUCUGGUCCUCGUUGGAGGAUGUCACUAGCUCCAUUGUCGGCGACGGUUCUAACAACGAGUUCAAGGCCCAGUUAGCUGAUGACAAGAGAAGAGCUGGCUGGACCUUGUGGGAGAAGGCUGUCGAAAGAUCCAGAGGCUGGUUGACCCAGGACUAAACUGGUUCUCCCUGAUAGUGUAUUAUAGUUUAUGUUAACGACAUUUGUUUCUCUAACAGGCACUGCUGUUUAUCCAGGUGUAGAUUGAAAUCCAAAUGAACUUGUACGGUUAUUAAUUUUCUAGGGAGAGCUCGAGUUGCUAGCUGUGUAUUUCAACUAAAUAUACGGAAAUAUAGAGGUUUCUUGCCCCA